UAGUUCAAAAUUUUAUGAUCAGACUUCCUAUUGUUGUGGAAGGUUAUGACAUAAUUGUUUUCUCUUUUAACUUUAAAUUAAUGAACGAUUUGGAAUAAAUUAUCAAUUAAAUGAAUAUUGAGUUAUAAUAGCAUCAAUCAAUUAUGGCAUUAAUAGUCCAAAAUGUCGCAAGGAGCUUACAAAUACAAUCAUGUUUGCAAAAACUAAUUCAUACAUCUGCAUCACUUAAUAAAACGACUUCUGGAAAAUAUAAAUCUACUAGAAAUCGAACCAAACCUCUUACAUAUGAAAUGGCAAUGAAACCUUGGGAUAUUGCAGCUAGAAAAUCAUGGAAUGCAUGGAACACUUCAAAUGUUUUGGAUGGAAAUCGGCCUGCUGAGACAGCAGCAGAAGAUGAAUUUAUUCGUCGAUUUAUGUGUGGCACGUGGCACAAUAUUUUUGUAUCAGAAUUAAUUAUAAAACGACAACACAAUAUUAUUCGAAUAGCUGGGAUUAUUCAGAGAAAUUUAGCACCAAGAAAAAUGUAUUUCUUAAUUGGAUAUACUCAAGAGCUCUUGAGUUACUGGCUUCAAUGUCCUGUUAAAUUAGAAUUACAAUCAGUUGAGAGUAAAGAAGAUGUAGUAUUUAGAUAUGUAUAAGAUAUAUUGAUAUUCGAAAUUUUUUUAGAAAUAUAAAGAAUUGUAUUUAGAAAACACCAUUUACAUUAUUUUGAAUUAUAUUAAUGAUAUAAAUAAAAGAAUUUUUAUUGAAAA